ACGGAAUGUCGAUAGUUUCACUUCAAGGAAAUCCCGGAAGUCCGCGGAAGUGGCCGUCGUUUGAAUUAAAGAACACCUGGAAUAGAAGGUCACCUUUUAAUUUUAUUCUGUGGUGAUGUCAUUGAAUGAGAAGUAUGGCGGUUAUAGUGUAGUUUCAUUAUUUCAAGUUUUUGCUGUCAAGAAAAGUUGUACUUGUUUACUUCCGGACGCCCCGAAACUUGAAGGCGCUCGCUUGUUUUGCCUCCUUUGGCUUUCGACGUGACCUGAAAGUUCCGGGAGGUUGAAUUUGUGUCAUUUCAUGCUUAAUUUCAACGUUUUGGUUUGUUUUCUACGAAGAGUGUUAGCCGGUCGUGUGUGUGGGAGCCUCGGCGUGUCCAGGUCUGUAAAGUUCUCGCAGGGAUGGCCUCCGCGCCGCAAACCUCACUUCACAUGAGGCCGACGGAUCUGAUUAAAAGAGAGCCGCUGGAUUACGGAGGCUUCGGGGAAGUUUAUCUGUGCUACCACGCGACCCUCGGCCAGGUGGUCCUGAAGACUUUAUACACCGGUCCUCUGCGUAGCGAAGAAAGUAAAAGGUCGCUGCUGGAGGAGGGGAGCAUCAUGGCAAGUCUGAACCAUGAGCGUGUGGUCAAGCUGCUGGGUGUGGUCAUGGAGGACAGGGACUGCUCUCUGGUUCUGGAACUUCUCCCUCGGGGCAACCUGUUAGUCAUGCUGGAGACGGUCAAGGUGCCCAUUUCCAUCAAAGGCAGAAUCAUCCUCGAGGUUCUGGAAGGGAUGAUAUACCUUACAGAGAAACGUGUCAUUCACAAGGACAUCAAGCCAGAAAACAUCUUAGUGGAUAAGGAUUUUCACAUCAAGAUUGCAGACCUCGGCCUGGCCACCUGCCAAACAUGGAGCAAACUCACAAAGGAGGAAUCUCGCAGGAAAAGCCGUAGUGGACAGACAUCCGGGGCUAGAGGUGCCGGCACGCUAAGCUACAUGGCCCCGGAGCACCUGAGGAGCAUCCACACCCCCUCCACUGAGAAGUCCGACGUUUACAGUUUUGGAAUCGUAGUCUGGGUCAUUCUAACGGGGGAGGAGCCAUACGCCAACGCGAGGAGUGAAGACCAAAUAAGCCGGUGUGUUCGUGACGGAGACCGACCGGCAGAGGACCUCAUUCCUGAAGACACACCUUCAGAGGUGGUUCAGCUUAUGAAGCGGUGCUGGAGCGACAAUCCAGAGGAGCGACCUUCAUUUAAAGAAGCCUACGACAUUUUCUGUCCUUUUUAUGCCAAAAAUCUGGAACCCCAUAUAGAGAACGAUUUACAGGAUCUGAAGGAAAACUAUGAGGGCCCAAUGACACUUGUUGAGAAGAUGAAAUUACUGUCUGUGAGACAUGACAGCUUUUUGACAAACGAGCAAGAUUCCCCUGCUCCUUUGGUGAGUUCAGAUACAAAUGUUUCGGUACCAGUUGAAGCCAGCAUCGAGGAUCUCCAUGUCAUCAACUAUAAACCAUUGGGGGAUUCCAUUCAAGCAGAUGCCAGACAACCUUCAGAGCUGGAGGAGAAGCUGGGUCGAGAGCUUUAUUACCACAUACAUGGCAGCUAUAACUCUGACAUGCAUCCCCCGGCCGCCAGCAGCUACUACAACAAUGCCCCAAAUCACCUAUUGCAAAACCACGUCAGUCCCUUGGAUCAAAGUGGGAGGCCGCCGGCAAGAGACACGUCCUCCGUCCAUUCCUGGACUAAAGAGCCGGUGCAGCCGACCGGUUCAGACCAGCUUUUCUUUCCUCUGAACCCAGUGAAUCCCAGUUCUAUGGCCUCACCAACGCCGACCCAUUUAAAUGCCUCUGCCAGUAUGUCCUCUCUGCAGCAGGUUAACCAGCAUUUACACCCCCAUUUAGACCGCCAGCAGUCCUGGCCAGUUUACCCGGUUCCUGAUACCUUUGUUCCUGAUAUGAAUGCUAGUGGCUGUGGGACCCCGUCUAAAGGUUUCCAACCACAGGAGCCAGGACCCCUGUUCAUUCAGAACGCCAGUGGGAUCCAAAUCGGAAACAACAACACUCUGAGUAUCAGAGCCUUUGACAACCCCGUUUCUUCACAGUGUGUGUCUGGAAGCAGCUUGUCUCCCAUCCAAGAAGGCCUUUUAAAAUACGAGGACCAAGCCGUGACAGAGGAGCACCUGUAUUUGCUGACAGAGAACAUAGGGAACAGCUGGAAGCGCUGUGCCCGUCGGUUGGGUCUAAAGGAUGUGGAAAUCCAGACCAUAGAGCACGAUUACUACCGCGACGGCCUGCCGGAGAUGGUCCACCAGAUGCUGGAGCGCUGGAAAAUGAAGGAGGGAUCCAUUGGCUGCACCGUUGGAAAACUUUGCAGAGCUCUGGAUGGAAACAUUAAAGUAGAUGUCAUUCAGAAGAUACUGGACAUGUGCGGUCUUUCUCACGUGGCCUAAACCUCUGGCGCUCUUCAGUUUGCCUCAUUUACUUCUAACCAAGUUGGACAAAUGUAUUGAGGCCUUUUAUCCUAUAUAUGUGACUUAAAUGUUGCCACAAAUCAAGCCUGGCUCAGAAUAACCACACCAUAUCCUUCAGUCCACAGUAUUACAGAUUUCAUUCUAUGUGUGCCAUCACGUGACCCGUACAGGGCCAAAACCUCAGGUAUGGAAAUGGUAUGUUUUGACUUCAUUUGAUCAAAACAUUAAAAGACGUAAACAGUCAGCAAAUAUGUGCAGUUUUAACAGAAUCAGAAGAAUACAAAAUGUCAGUAGGUAACAUGAACGAACAUUAAUGAAUUUUUGUAAUGACGUAUUGCUGGGGUGUCUGUGGUCAUACUGUAAAAAAUCCAUGUUUUUUAGCUUUAAAAAAACAAACCUGCUUUUGUACUUUGAGAGUUUUAUGAAUAUCAGUGUUGGAUCUUCUGUGCAGACGCCACUUUGUCUUCUACCUUAUGAGUUGCUUUACCUUAUGACGGUCUGACUGAUUUUAUUUUAUUUACUCAUGUGACUUCCAAUCUGUACAAUUCUGUGAUUUUCUCUUGUAAGGUAAACUUCUUGAACUUUGUGGUUCUCUCUUUUGGACAAUCCAAAUAAACGCAGAACCAACAUCUC